AGCGAGCAGGCGCCUGUGGAAAGGCCGUGGGGAUUGGUGGCCCCGCCGAGCCCACUGCUGGUGCGGACUGGAAGGGGAACCGCAGCACACCAAUCGCCCUCCUUCCCCCUCUUCUUCUCUGUUUAGCCGAGCUGGGAUGUUACGGAGGUCUUCAGCCCACUCACUUGAGCUUGCUGGACUGUUUUGGUUUCUUUAAGAGUUAAUGUAGUGCUGGUUUUGCCACGCUCUAGCUCAUGAGCUUCCUAAUGAAAAGCAGUGGGUUGUCAUUAUCGUUGAAUCUUACCUGUAUUUGUGACCAGAAAUCUUAGCGAAUGAGCAUAAUUUUUUAGCUGUACUUUUUGCAGCCAUAAUGGUGUCGUCUGACCCUAAAUGUCUUUUCUGCACAUGAAAGGAAGUGUUCUCCAAGUUCUUGGACUGGUCCGGGGCACUUGGUUUCUCGUGCCCUGUGCAGGGAAGGGAGAGAGCAAGACCCUUCUCGCGGAAGCUUCCGGGAUUAGUGAGAUCUUGUAGCUGUUGUUAUCUUCCAAAUACAACCGGUUUUAUCUGGUGUGCUGGUCAGAAAAAGCAGCCAAUGAAGAACCACUAAGGAGUUUUUCCUGAAGUGGUGACCUCUGUAGAACUGUGACUGAUGCUCUGUCAAUGAGGAAGAGAAUUAGACUGAAAGAAAAACUGUGUUUAUUAGGAAAACCACAGCUGAGCUUUCCGCCUGAGUGAUCAUACCUAGCUUAACUGUUGGUUGAGGAAAUGCAGUUGGUGGAGCUCACAUGAUGCUGCUUAAGUUUCCCUCUGUGGUUUGGGAAGCGAAAUAAUUGAGGAAGAAAGGGGUGAUCUACUUUCCCCACUGAUGUGCAGCUGGGCAUGGUGCUGAAUUUUGUCCUGGCUCAGGAAGCAGAGCUGGUGUUAAGAUGAGACUGGCCUGAAAGUUGCCAUCUGGCUGGCUUGCUGUGUUUGAGGACAGGAGGAGCUGACAGUGCUGGUGGUGGUUCAUCUGCAGUGAAAAGUCCUUAGACUUAAGCAGUUGACAGAAGUCUCUUUUUUUGUUGUUUGUUUUCUUGUUGCCACUGUUUUAUAUGUAAAUGCAUAUGACAAAUUCCAUCCCUAGUAAGAGAAUGACUGUUUUCUGUAGACACUGACCAUUGAUGCAGCUUUUGUCCUUGACAGCCGAUAUUGGAUCCUGCUUAGUGCUUUUUGCGCUGACUUUUCAGUUUUCUGUGAAUGUAUUUUAAAGUUAGGGUCUCAUGGGCAUUCCUGUUUGUUGGUUUGUGCAUGCUUUACUUAGUGUGAGAUAAUACUGUCUCUUUCCCUAGAGAAUAGUCAUCUGUACAUGGCAUGAGACAGACGUGCCGUUGGUGGUAGACAUUUGUGCACAUGGAUAGAGAGAGAUUCUGCAUAGAGAUGUAAAUGGUUCUCUUAUUUUGAUUGGAUGAGGUAGUAUUAACCUGCAAAAAGGCUUUAAAACAAAAUUAAAGGUUUGUUGUUAAGAGAAGAAUGGCAAUUUAUCAGUGCAAAUAAAAUUAAGAGGCACAGCAGAUUUCCUAGGAGCUCAGUACAUCCGUUCUGUAUGGCAUGCCCCUAGCUGGGUUUGUAGCUGUAGCCACAUGAACGUGUGUUACUGUGUUACAGUUCCUUUUGUAUGUGUGUGGUUACACUUUGCUUCCUUCUGGAGCUCUGCACUGUGUUCCUCUGGCUUCAACAGCAGCAGUAAGACAAACUAAAUGUAUUCCCAUCACAACUUGCUUUCCUUGCUGACUUGAGAGAAGCAAUGGCACUAAUGCAGUUUAUUUUAUGAUUCCAUGCUGUCUAUCCUGAUUAUGCCAGUACGUCUCCUUGAGUCAAACCAAGGUGAAGCUUCCCAAAUCCCCAUUUUCCCUGCAGGUGGCAGGAGACCAUCGCUUGCUCUGUCCUUGGAUCAAGAUUACUAAGGCCUGUUAGAUAAUUCAGCACUUUUUUUUCCAGCCUAGCUAUGAUGGCCCCUUAUAUUGCUGCUUUUCAGAAUUUGUUUCCCAGAUUGUUACCCAGGAGUUCUUAGCACAGAUACGGUUUUAAUUCACACCUUCAUUUUGUCGAGUGGCAAUGUAUCUUUGAUACCACCUACUUGCAGCUAGGUUCUUCACUUCAAUGUAUUCCAGCUGCAAGAGCACCCUUAAAGCUGGUGGCAGUGAGUAAGCUAGAAGGAAGUUGACUGUGUAACAGCCACUUCAUCUCUGGUGACCACCUGAGUUGGUGUCUUGUUUACCACAUCAUGUAGGGAUAAUAAAAUGUCAAGUUGCUGUGCUGAUUAACUAAUAUACCUGAGAUAACUGAUUCCCUUUGUCCAUCGAGUUCAGAAAUUGUGCAAAUCAGAUCAAGAGAUUCAGGUUCCAAUUUACUUUAAAAGCCCUGUAGUUUAAAUGAUGGAUCUUUCUUUUUAUGCUUGAGAGAGAGGCUGUGUGGCCUGUGGUGUACCUCACAGAAGGGAAGGAGUUGUGGAGUGAAGCAGAAAUAGCUUGAGUAGAUGAACCCACAGAGACAUCUUUGUGGGUUUUUUGUGACAUGAAGAGGUUCUGGAAGAUGCUGGAGGGAGACCUUGUGGAUUCCUAAAUAUUGAUAAGUUCCUGUGAAAUUCCCCAGCUGUGUGGGGAGUAACCACACACCUUCCACAGCCAGGCCAAGCUGGAGCAGAGUUUCAACCAGUCAUUUGUAACACAUCUUGGAUAUGUACUGUGAAACAACUAAAAUACCAAGGAAAUUGCCAGGUCUGUGGUCCUUAACACACAGAGAUUUGUGAGUUUAGAAACCUGAUGCUUUACCUAGGAGGAGAAUGAGAACUUAUGCCCUGGGGACUGCAACACUGUUGCAGUGAGAAAAAGUAGAGGAAGGAGGAAAAUAGAUGAGUGGGUGGGACUUUCCUUGAGAUGUGGGUGAGGAAAAGACAGUGAGUCUGGCUGUUUUCUGCAGCGCAGCCAAAAAGCUCCGCACAGGCUUACCAGUUGAUUUUCAUGUGCAUUAGAAAGGUUAAUAGAAGUGUGUAAAGGCAGCCAGAUCUGUAUGAUUAUUGUCAUGGAGGGAACUAAGAGCCAUCUGAAGAGGAAGGCAGAGGAGGAAGGACUAAGGACCAAGUGACAGCUGAACUGGCAGCUUGGCAGGUGGGAGGAGCACAUCACAUCCCCAGAAGAGGUGACUAUCUUAACAGACAGCUGCCUUGGAAAGCUAGCUAACUGCAGGCUAAAGGAAACAGCACUGCAGGACAACCCUUUUCCCACAAAGAGGAAGAAACUGCUGUGCUCAAGUCCUUGUCUUUCAGCAGUGAUUCUGUGAUGCAAGUUCCAAGAAUUACUCUUUCUGUGAUGAUCUUCUAUAUGGCCUCUUCUUGCUGAUGUUUGUCCCAGAUUGGGGCACAAAGUGGAAGGAUGCUGAAGAAUGGGUACCUUCUUUUUGGCUUUUAGAACAUGGGCACUUGUGUAAAGAUGCAGCUGUGAUCCUCGGCUGUCUGUCUCACCGAAGGGACCUGAUGUUUUACAUUAUUGGUGGGAUCACAGUAUCUGUUGUAGCUUUCUUCUUCACCAUUAAGUUCCUCUUUGAGCUUGCCGCACGUAUAGUCAGCUUCCUUCAGCAUGAGGACCGGGAACGCCGAGGGGAGCGAACUAUUUAUGACUACGUGCGAGGCAACUAUCUGGAUCCCCGGUCCUGCAAAAUCUCCUGGGAUUGGAAGGACCCCUAUGAGGUGGGCCAUAGCAUGGCCUUCCGAGUGCAUUUAUUCUAUAAAAAUGGGCAACCCUUCCCUGCUCACAGGCCUGUGGGGCUGCGAGUUCACAUCUGCCAUGUGGAGUUAGCAAUUGAUAUUCCUGUAACCCAGGAAGUUCUUCAAGAGCCCAAUUCCAAUGUGGUGAAAGUGGCUUUCACUGUGCGCAGGGCUGGGAGAUACGAGAUCACUGUAAAACUUGGUGGCUUGAAUGUGGCCUACAGCCCCUACUACAAGGUGUUCCAGCCAGGAAUGGUGGUUCCCUCCAAAACCAAAAUUGUCUGUCAUUUCUCGACUCUGGUGCUGACCUGUGGGCAGCAGCACACUCUGCAGAUAGCUCCCAGAGAUGAGUAUGACAAUCCCACUAGCAAUUCCGUGUCCCUGAUAGAUGAGCACAAUUACAGCCUCUCCAUCCAUGAGCUGGGUCCUCAAGAAGAAGAGAGUUCUGACGUGGUGUUUGAGAAGUCUGUGGUGUCCAAUCGGCAGACUUGUGAGGUGUUCUUCCGACUCACCUUGCACUCUAGGGGUUGUUUCCAUGCCUGCAUCUCCUACCAGAACCAGCCCAUAAGCAAUGGUGAUUUUGACAUCAUUGUUCUAAGUGAGAAUGAAAAGAACAUUGUAGAACGCAAUGUGUCCACCUCAGGUGUCAGUAUUUAUUUUGAAGCUUACCUUUACGAUGCUCCUAGUUAUACGAACACUCAGUGGCAACUUCCACCAGUGCAUCUGAGCUCCUCCCAGCGCCGUCCUUCUACUGCAAUUGAGGAUGAAGAUGAAGAUUCUCCUUCUGACAGCCAGACCCCCGAGAAAGUGAAGAAGCCUAAAAAAGUGUACUGCUAUGUGUCACCUAAGCAAUUCUCAGUGAAAGAAUUUUACCUGAAGAUCAUUCCAUGGCGCCUUUUCACCUUUAGAGUGUGUCCUGGCACAAAGUUUUCAUACCUUGGUCCUGAUCCUGUGCACAAAUUACUGACACUGGUGGUGGAUGAUGGGAUCCAACCCCCUGUGGAGCUGAGCUGCAAGGAGAGGAACAUCUUGGCAGCCACUUUCAUUCGCUCUCUGCAUAAAAACAUAGGAGGCUCUGAAACCUUCCAAGACAAAGUGAACUUCUUUCAGCGAGAGCUACGUCAGGUGCAUAUGAAAAGACCUCAUUCAAAGGUCACACUGAAGGUCAGCCGUCACUGUCUGCUGGAGUCGUCUUUUAAAGCAACACGAAAUUUUUCUGUUUCUGACUGGAGCAAAAACUUUGAAGUGAUUUUUCAGGAUGAAGAAGCUCUGGACUGGGGAGGUCCACGCAGAGAGUGGUUUGAGCUCAUUUGUAAGGCAUUAUUUGAUACCACCAAUCAACUGUUUACCCGCUUUAGUGAUAACAACCAGGCCUUGGUGCAUCCAAACCCAGGGCGUCCCACAUAUUUACGACUCAAAGUAUAUGAAUUUGCGGGCCGCCUAGUAGGAAAGUGUCUUUAUGAAUCAUCUCUAGGCGGUGCUUACAAACAGCUGGUUCGAGCUCGCUUCACUCGGUCCUUCCUGGCUCAGAUCAUAGGACUUCGUAUGCAUUACAAGUAUUUUGAAACGGAUGACCCAGAAUUCUAUAAAUCCAAAGUGUGCUUCAUACUGAACAAUGAUGUGAGUGAGAUGGAUCUGGUCUUUGCUGAAGAGAAGUAUAGCAAAACAGGACAGCUGGAGAAGGUGGUAGAACUGGUGGCAGGAGGGGCUCAAGUACCAGUGACCAAUGAAAACAAAAUCCUGUACCUAAAUCUGCUUGCACAGUACAGGCUGGCGAAUCAGGUUAGAGAGGAGGUGGAUCACUUCCUGAAAGGUCUUAAUGAAUUAGUUCCUGAGAACCUCCUGGCUAUUUUUGAUGAGAAUGAGCUUGAGCUGCUUAUGUGUGGUACUGGAGAUAUCAGUGUCUGUGACUUCAAGGCACAUGCUGUAGUGGUAGGAGGAUCUUGGCACUUCCGUGAGAAGGUCAUGAGGUGGUUUUGGACCGUGGUCUCCAGUUUCACGCAGGAAGAGCUGGCCAGGCUUUUGCAGUUCACUACUGGUUCCUCCCAGCUGCCCCCAGGAGGGUUUGCUGCACUCUGUCCAUCUUUCCAGAUCAUUGCAGCUCCAACUCACAGUACUUUGCCAACAGCUCACACUUGUUUUAACCAGCUGUGCCUCCCUACUUAUGACUCCUAUGAAGAAGUGCACAAGAUGCUGCAGCUAGCUAUCAGUGAGGGUUGUGAGGGAUUUGGCAUGCUGUGAUUUCCCCUUCCCAGGAGACCAUUUAACCUCUUGGCUCUUUGUGGCAAGACCCAGGUUCAAUCCUCUGCUUGUUCUCCUUCCCUUCACUUGGGCAGUGGAGGCAGAGCAAAGACUCCAUGUAAAGGAAUUUGUCAUCCAGAAGAUGUCGUGUGGCCUUUCUGUAUCCCAAAUAUGUCAUCAAGAGCUCAUCUUUUCCCUUUUCCUUGUUCUCCCCUUGGUUCAAUGUGAAACAGCAGAAGGACUGGUGCAUUUGUCAAGGAGAUAUUGCACUUGAUUUCCAUGCACCCUGUACACCCAUCCUUCUGUGAGAAGAUGAAGUUCAUAAGCAGAAGUUACACUGAGGUGCAGGAGAUCUGCUGAGCUGCCUUUACCGUAGCUCUCUAGGAGGAAGAUGGAAGACCAGCAUGGAGCUCUGCUGGAAGCCUUGGCUCAUAGGAAGUCUUAGUAGCUUCCUUUAUCUUGGCUUAACUCCCCCAGUGAUGCUCCCUGAGAUCUCAUCUCACUAUGACUCGUGAGGAGAAUAGAGUUGUCCAUCCUUUCAGCACCUGACCCAGAAGGGUUUCUGGUUCUCCUUCUCCAUCUUGCUCUGGAUGCUGUUUUUGCCUGUGCCACAGAGAAAAAAGGGCAGUAUCCACUGGAGGGAGUAACCCAAAGAGGAAAACAAUCUCAUCGGAGCACAAGUGCUGGCCCUGACAGUGAUCCUGUACUACCUCCGCCAGGGUCCAGCCGCAGAAGCGCCCUUCUCCAGCAGUGGCUGGUAAUUAGCCUCUGCAAAUGAACUGGAAGAGGAGUUUCUCCUCCACUGAAUGUUUCUGACAGUUGAUGUUGCACAGGAAGCUGUUCCAUGCCCUUGCCUUCUUUUCCCUUCCUCAGGAGAGAGAGUAUGGGCAUGAGUGUGAUUCCUCAAUGCUGAGCACCAAUGCCUAGCCCACAUUCACCUUCAGGGUAUGUAUGUUAUGUAGUAACAGUGACAGAUCAAUAAGCAGCUACAGUGCGCACUGGGCUUGCGUUCGUUGUUGGGGUGAUGGUACUGGGCAGAACGUGGUACCUCCGCCUCAGCAUCCCACAGGAUCUUGGCUUCUACCUCUACCAUGCAGCAGCCUGAGGCUUCUCUUUCUCUACUGCAUUUCAGGCAGAGUGUCCAGAGAGUUGCUGGUGUCUGGAGAGCAGCUAGAUUUCAGCCCUUCCAAUCUUCUUACCGUCUUUCUUCAUUUUUCCUUUCCACAUAUUCCAUUAAGUGCUGUUGGCUUUCCAGCACAAAAUGCUAGCUAGAAUUUCACUUAAGUGGUCACUCAACAGCCUGCACCCACCAUUGUCUGGCUCAUGGGGAAAGGAGUGGGUAGACCAGAAUGAAAAGUAAGCUUACAGUCUGUUGUAGUUGGCAAUCCAUUCAGCCCUUCCCAGGGAAAUACAGGGAAGGGGAACCUGGGAAUCUUGAUGAGUUCUUCAGUGAAGCAAAAUUCAAGACCUUUGCGUUCUACAGUCCCUUAGUUCAAGUCAAAGGCCUGCAGGAGUCAAAGUGGGCUAAUGUGUUGCUACUACCUGCAAUGUAAGCUUUCACUGGAUUAUGGAAUUGCUGGAUUUCUUCCAGAAUGGAUUCUCAGACUGGCAUCCCUGAGCUAAUUUUAGAAGACUGUAUUGGAUAAAAUGUCACAUCAUCCUCUUCAGUCCCCUUCUGCUGUCCUCAAGCUGAUCCGGUCAGACUUGAGCACAGUAUGGAUAUUUUAAGUUUACUGUGUGUGCUUUUCAAGUAUAGCUUAGUUGAAUUGACUGGGAAUUUGUGGGAAAUAUUCUACAUCUAUAAAAUGUUUUUAAGGCAGCAUCUUAGUCAUUCUUGGGCUGUGUUACUUCUGUACAGAAAAAAACAAUAAGCCAUUUUGGUGCCAAAAAGCAGUCAGCUGAACAUUGAGACUACUCAGGGGGAUUUCUUUGCCUUGUGAAUUCAUUCCCUCACUGGCACUGAGGUGCUGCGAGGCUGCCAGCUUGAUAGUUGCCACUGUUGUGCUCUGACAGAUCACAUUAGUAGUGGCUGUUCUCCCAUUUUUAGUGCAGGCUGCAUUCUGCAAGGUUCUGACCUUCUCUGGGUGGAGACUACGGUACCAUUUUAUUUAUACGGCAGGUGGCUUCCAUGGUCAGUACAGUUACAGCUCCUGUGUUCACCAUGCCACUGCUUCAGUGCUUCCUCCAGGGACUGAGAGGAAGUGGUGGUGCUCAGCUUAACUCCAGUUUGUUGAGAGGCAUAGCUUGGUGUUUUUUCCAUAUUAGCCUCACCUGGUUGAGGAUGUUUUCAGCCCUGUAGCUAUGGGCCAGCUCUGACAGUGACAUCUCCCUCAGGAAUCUCCUCCCUUCUUCUCUUGAGCUGGCCUUUUUUUGUUCUGACAUGAAGUAGCUGACCACUGAGUGGACUUCUUCUGCUGGAAAGAGCUCCUAAAUGCUUCUCAUUUCAUUGCAGCCAGCACCCAACACUUCCCAGCAGCUGUGAAGAUGCCAAGGACUUUCUUCUUAACGCAAGUGUGGUCAGAAGUAGGAUGGGUACUCUCAGUCAGCUAAACCCAUCCCUUCUGUUUGCACAGGCCCCUAGGCUGCCCCCAUGUUCCUGAGUUCCACCACAAUAUUUCUAAACUUGUCUCUAGCUUUACACCCUUUCCCAGUACAGUCACUUUUAAUGCUGCCCUUAGUGCUGGCAAUGGGGAUGUGCUUUGGUCACCUGUACUGUAUGUUACUUCUGGCAGAGGCUCGUUACUUUUCUUUUUUACUCCUUAUUUAUUGCAACUUAAUAGAAACUCUUCUGUAGAAAUCCUUAGGGUCCUGAUACCAUCUUAGACAGGUUCUGUGUUUCCUGAAGCUGCUUUGAGGUGCAGGGGGCCUGGCUUCAGCCUGCACCUGCAGGCCACGUUGCAUGUUUAUAGAAACCAGGAGCUGUGGAUGAUACAGGUCAAAUCCUACUUCCCUCUGGUGAAUUUCUGGCAGAGUUCAGCCAAAAUUUGGAAGCCUGUGGUUGUAGUAGCUGAUUUUGUAAAUAGUUUGUAUAAUAAAUAAAUAUUUUAAAAAUG